GACGAGGACGUGUGGAAGCUGCAGUGGUUUCUCAGAGCACAGCUGCAGGUUGUUGUUACCUUGAUGGUGGCUGCUCAGAGGAGGAGGAGGAGGAGGAGGUAGGAUGUGACACCGCCUUCCUCACACUGGUGGCGGUGACGCGUGGCAUCGGGAGACGUUUGGACAGCCUGUGUGUGUGUGUGUGCGUGUGUGUGCAUGUGUGUCAUGAAAAACCCAUUUGGCGAGCAACAAACAGCGCCAGAGAUGUGAUUCCGCUGGAGUUGUGGACACGCGCUUCAGUGGCUGCAACAGGAGAGGACGCACGGCCGCGCGGAGUCAUCUGUUGAUCGGGAUCCACGGCUGGAGAAUCUGGAGAAUUCGAAGCGCAUUGUUGUCAUGAGCCGCCGCGCUCGCACUCACAGUCCCACUUGUUGGUCACACCCUGACAUCACUCCUGUUUUACAUGUCAACACAACGAUGUGGAAACGACAGGAAACCAGAAACCUAACAACAAACAUGUGCCACACGUGUUGUUCUUAUUAAAGGGGGUGAAAUUUGUGGAGAGUGAAAUGAUCCCAAAGUCAGGAAAAUCUCCAGCAGACUCACGGAAAAGCGUCGGCAUCCAUGAGUUUGCAGCACUCGCCAGAUCAUCCUUAAAUGGCAUCUCACAGGCAGUGAGGGACCAUGUGACAAAGCCCACCUCCCUGGCUCAGGGCCGGGUCGCUCACCUCAUUGAAUGGAAAGGUUGGCCCAAACCUGCAGACCGUCAACCUGCCACGCACUCCCACUUCAGCUCCUACUGCCAUCUGACUGAAGGAGAGAAGGAGGCCCGCUUUGCUGCAGGUGUGGCCGAGCAGUUUGCCAUCGCUGAGGCCAAGCUGCGUGCUUGGGCGUCUAUGGAUGAUGACGAGGAGGAAGACUCCAAUGAUGAAGACUCUCACAACAACGGACAGGCUCACGCCUUCUCCUAUCAGAACUCAGACACCACAACGUCCAAUCGUAUCGCGGCACAGCCAUGUCAGUCUGAGGCUGAUGGCAGUGAGGCGCCACACUCCGACGGCCCCCUGGGCCCGAGCAUAAGCAGCAGCAGCAGCAGCAGCAGCAGCGGCGGCAGCGGCUGCAGCAGCGGCAGUUGUGUCUCUGAAUCUCUUAGUGACCCACAUUCCUCCCAGGCCAGUUCACCCACUAUACCCAGCGAAUACAUGAGUCCAUUCCUGGAGGAAGAGGUGAGGCUGAGCGGUGACGGGGAGCAGUCGGCUCCUUUACAGGGGCAACGCAACGAGGUCAACGUCCACCACAAGCCUGAAUGGAGGCCUCCGUGCAGCAGGAGUAGCAGGUUUGACUCCUGCUACUCCACCUCUCAUUCAGAGUCUCCUGGAGAGGAGGACGAGGAGGAUGAGGAUGAGGAAGGCAGCGUGUUUCAGGAGGUCCGGUUGUGGCACUGCAGGAGCUUCUUCUCCGACCACACUUCUUCCGGAGUGGCCUCAUUCGACGAGGAGGGGGAGGAGAGGGAUGAGGUGGAGGAGAAGAAGGAAGAAAAAGAGUAUUUGGUGUGAUGUGUUUUAUGUCUCUUUGGGUGUUGAUUCUGGAUAUGACGUCAUCUAUCCUGCUUUCAGUGUAAACCCCUCUCCAGCUCCUUUCCUUCAUCUAGUCAUGCCUCCUCCACUCACUGCCUUCUGUCUCAGCCUCCAGGGCCUUUCAUGCACUGAUCUCGCUCCACUGUCUAUUGCUGCUGUGCACAUUACAUAUAUUAGGUGAGGUCAAACAGAAUGUAAAUCUGUUGUUGAAAAUGAGUUUUGUAAACAUUCGUGUGGUGUGUUGCUAAUGCAUUGGUUUUCUAUAGAUAUUUUGUAGUGUUGUUUUACUCUGGGUCAUGCCGUGUCACGUGGGUCGGGUUAUGUUUGAUACUAAAUGUCCCUUUUUUUUUUUCUUUUUUUUUUUUUACAGAAAUGUCUGUCAUUUAUAUUUCGCACAAACACAAACUAAACAUGAAUCGUGUGAAA